AUGGGGCGCCAGCCAGCCAAGGUGCCCCACCCCAAAGCAUUACAGAGGAGAAGUGACCACCAGCCCAGUGUGCUGCAGGUGGUUGGGGAGGGCAUUGGCUCAGUGCUUGCCAGGAUAGAGGGCAGCCUAAAGCAGCUCAGCCUGGGGAGGAGGCCGGAGGGGGCAGGGGACAGCCAAGGCCUGGCUGAGCUCCAGGAGCUGGCCCUGAAGUGGUUCAUGGAGACACAGGUCCCCUUCUUUCUACAGAUGGGUGCCCUGCUAUCCUAUUUUCAUAGAUUUAUCACCUGCAAACAGAUGGAACAGCUACUCAGGGACAAAGCUCUUGGUUCCUUUCUCAUCCGCCUCAGUGACCGGGCCGCCGGCUACAUCUUGUCCUACAGGGGCAGUGACUACUGCAGGCAUUGUGUCAUCAAUCAGCUCCAAAACUGGUACUACCUCAUCUCAGGGGACACCCACAGCCACGGCCCUCUGGCCGACCUCGUGCGCCAUUACCAGGGGGUGCCACUUGAGCCCUUUGGGGAGACCCUGGCUGCCGCCUGGCCCCAUUUAGAGGACAAUGACUUGUAUGAUGCCAUCACCCUGGGCCUCCAACAGACCAACCUGGUCCUGGAAAGUCCACCUGCCACAGUGCCCCCCACAAUUGUCCCAGACAGGGCCAACAGCCCGCACCCCUCUCGAAAGCCCCAGGUCUCCUUCCUCCACACAAAAAAGAGCCUGGAUAUGAGUCUCUGGAAUCUUUCUGAGGAGGAAAGCAUGGAGGUCCACAUCAGGGUGCCCCUCCCACCCCCCGAGAGGUGUACCUCCCUCCUGCAUGAGUCUCUUGGAGGCCCCAGUGACAUCGUCUAUGCAGACCUGAGGGAAAUGAACCAGGCACAGUUAGGUCUGGGCACAGAGGUGGCCGACAUGCAUGGGCCAGUUCCAGCUGGCAGCCAGGCAUGCUCCCCAGGCAGGGAGGCCCCAAAGAGACUCUGAGAUGAACACCAGAACAGGCCUGAUGGCCCAGGGUCUGCUCUCUCUGGAGGGAGCCCAGACCAGGGCCCUACAAUGUCUCUCACUUCCCGAGGGCUCCUCCUGCCCCCCAGUUCUGAAGCCUUGGGAUCUUUGACUGCUACUUAGAGGCAGGGGUUUGUGAAGCUGAGCCAUGGGGCUCAGCCCUGCUCCCAGGGAGGCUCUGCAGAUACCUACAAGCUCAUUGGACCAGCAGGCCUACUGCAGGAAACCAGGGAUGCACCAGACCAAGGAGGAGGCGGUACCUACAAGCAUAUCCCAGCCUGCAGGACCACACAUCCUGGGACCAGUCCCACUUAUAGCAAACUGUCAGGGCCCCUGGACUAUGGCUAUGAGAGGAUCUUGGGGACCUUGGGGCUCCCAGAGCCGGGGAACAUCUUUGAGCAAAUCUCGGAAGCCAAGAGCAAGGAUUCUGGACAGACACACAAGCCUGACAAGCUCCAGAGGCUCUUCUUUGUGGACAAGAGGCACAAAUUCUGA